AUGUAUGGCUGUGCUGAAUAUCUAGCAAAACAAGAACAUCCCUGGAAGUACUAUCAGUACUUAUCUGGCUUUGAUGUACCGCUGAAGACGAAUCUGGAGAUGACACGAGGAGAACUGGCGCCACUUCGGAUUUACAAAGCAUCAAUGUCAGCCUUGGUGCCGAGAGCUGGAAUGAAUGCUGUAACAAAGGAACACAGCGCAAUUACCACAGCGGUGAUCAGAUGGCUGAAUGUAUCGCCAAUUGCCUCAGACGAGCUACUUUGGCCGACGAUCUUUGGCAACAUGCGCAGACUUCCGAUACCAGGUGGAUUUGACGCUCGUUUGAUUUUACGGGAAAAAUCGAAAAGGCAGAGCGAAACAAAUUUGAAGCAAAGGAAGUAUCCGAGAAUGAACAUUAACGUGAAAAUAACAAAAUCAAAUGGGAUAAUUGCAGCUACAAGUCGCGAUGUGCCGGUCCGUUAUUGGCUUGGACGUUUUCAAAUUUGGCGGAACGAUAAAGACGAAGAACUCUGUCAUGGAAAAAUGACCCAUAGCUCAUGCGUAUAUGGUGUUGGUGAUGUUCCAAAUUUAUUAAAGAGACCUGAACUUGUUGCUCACAAGCUCUACAUUGACUAUCAACCGGCAGCGUUUUUCUGUUUGUUGAAAGAACACCAGCGACGUUCAAUGGACGCUCACAACAAGUUCAAUGCCUCCGUGUUUUCGAGCAUGCCCUUCGUGGAAUUGGCAAGAGGAGUUGACAUUGAACAUCUUAGUCAUUCAGAGCUUUUGUAU